CCUGAACACACCUUAACCAUCCUCGUCCGAGGUUCUGAAUUCGCCGUUCUCUGUUCACCUGGGCUCAGACCCAUGGGAGGGGCCAACGAGUCGAGCGUCUCCGAGUUCCUCCUCCUGGGACUCUCGCGGCAGCCCCAGCAGCAGCGGCUGCUGUUUGCGCUCUUCCUGAGCAUGUACCUGGCCACGGUCCUGGGGAACCUGCUCAUCGUCCUGGCCAUCGGCACAGACUCCCGCCUGCACACCCCCAUGUACUUCUUCCUCAGCAACCUGUCCUUCGUGGACGUCUGCUUCUCCUCCACCACCGUCCCCAAGAUGCUGGCCAAUCACGCCCUCGGGAGUCAGGCCAUCUCCUACUCUGGCUGUCUCACGCAGAUGUACUUUCUCUUCAUGUUCGUGGACAUGGACAAUUUCCUCCUGGCCGUGAUGGCCUAUGACCGCUUUGUCGCCGUGUGCCACCCCUUACAUUACACAACAAAGAUGACUCGUCAGCUCUGUGUCCUGAUGGUCACUGGGUCCUGGGUCGUUGCCAACCUGAAUGUCCUGUUGCACACCCUGCUGAUGGCGCGACUGUCAUUCUGUGGGGACAACGCCAUCCCCCACUUCUUCUGUGAUGUGACUCCUCUCCUGAAGCUCUCCUGCUCGGACACACGGCUCAAUGAGGCGAUGAUUCUGACUGAGGGGGCCCUGGUCAUGAUCGCCCCGUUUGUCUGCAUCCUGGCUUCCUACGCCCACAUCACCUGUGCUGUGCUGAGGGUGCCAUCCACGCGGGGCAGGUGGAAAGCCUUCUCCACCUGCGGCUCGCACCUGGCUGUGGUUUCCCUCUUCUAUGGCACCAUCAUCGCUGUGUAUUUCAGCCCUUCGUCCUCGCACUCGGCUGAGAAGGACACCGCGGCCACCGUGCUGUACACGGUGGUGACCCCCAUGCUGAACCCCUUCAUCUACAGCCUGAGGAACCGGGACUUGAAGGCGGCGCUCAGAAGAGCAGUCGUCAGCAAGACAGGUUCAUAGCGAUGAGAACGCCACGGGCUUAUCAUGCCAGACAUGGACACUUUUUGCCUACGUGUGAAAUGCAGCCACUGCUCUGUCAAAGCGUCUUUGAGGAACUUAGAACAAAUAUGCUGGUAGAUCGUGAUCAGUGAACUCUGAGCUCCAACCCCGCUCCCUUGAACGGCAGUGGUGUCUUGCUGAUCACUACAUUUUUUAAAUUUUUUUGAUCACUACAUUUUACAUUCUUCUACAUAGCUGGUAGGCCUUUACUUUGCUAGCAACCCUCUUGAAAGCCUACAGUUUACCCAUUCUGUGAUUCUUCUGAAGAUUCUCUUGGAGCCCACAGCAGUGGUUUUCAGCCCCGGCUCCCAAGCAGAGCUCAGCCAGUUAAAUCAGCGUGUGGAUGGGACCUGGGCACUGGGACCUUUCCCCUUGUAGUCCCUGCCGGGCUCUCAUGUGCUUUCUCAGUGGACAGCCCACUGCCUGGGGCAGUGCUCGUCAUGAACAGUGGGCCUCAGCGGCCAUCUGAGGUCUUUCGUGGGUAAAACCAACAGAGAUGAGAAACGCGAUCCGUGAAGUUGUCCCUGGGCCCCGUGUUGUGCCGGGAAAGGCUGCUCCUGGGGCUGUUCCUGCUCCAUGUGCCCGGGCCCCACACAGACCCUCCGAGCCCUUCCAGGUGUGCACAGCCUCUGCAUCCGACGGACCGCCUUCCCUGCUGGGAUCGGUGGAGUGCGAGCCGCACCUUUGGUUUUGGGGACAGAGAUCACCUUUGCCCGUCUGUCUCUCCAGGACGCCUCGCUGCCCUCUCCCUGGGUGGCAAGGCCGCCCCAAGCCUUCAGGUGCUGAGUCCAGGUCCCCUGCUCUGUGGGGACCUGGAGGCCACCCCUCAGCAGAGACUGACGCUCCGUCCCCCGGGUUCCCUCCGAAAUCCCCUCUUGGACUUGCUGUCCACGUGAAGCCGACUGGCAGCUCUUCGUUCCCCUCCAUGAGCCCACUGCUACUUCGCCCCCAAGGCCCGAGACAGAGGUGAGAUACUUCGGACUCAGAUGCACACUGGGCACCACAGGGCUCCCCACACAGGUUGUGUGCGAACCCCCGUUUACUGAGUAAGUGAACAAACGGAAGUUGUCUGAAUUUUCAGUUAGACACAUUUAACUGGGUGAGAGGCAUCACUGUGUGUUGCUUUAAGAAUCACAGUAUGAUGCUUCCACACUGUCAAAGAUUUCAUGUAAGGAAAUUAAAAUAACCUGUAAAAACAGUUAAAAUAUAUGGAGAUAGGGGUGGGCAUUUGGUGCAGUGGUUAAGUGGCCACUUGAAUGUCCACACCGGAGUGCCUGGGUUCAAGUCUCUCAAUUCCCUGCUAAUGUGCACCCUGGGAGGCAGCAGGUGAUAACUCAAGCAUUGGGUCCCUGCUACCUGCACUGAGUUCCUGACUCCUGGCUCUAGACGGGCCUGGGUGUGGCUGUUGCAAGCUUUUGGCGAGAGAACUAACAGAUGAAAGAUCUGUCUGUAUUGGUUUCUCUGCCUCUCCCAUAAAAUAAAUAAAAUUUAAAAAAUGUAUGAAAAUAAUUUUUACUGAAGCUGGCCUCCAGACAUCCAUACAACCUUCACACUGGUUUUCCAUGUACCAUUUCCCAUGUCGUGUGUUCACAGCUGCAUGGUGUUUCAUGCCAUGGGUGUAUUAUGAUUUAUUUGGGUAAUCCCCAACUUGAGCAGUUGUGCUGUGGCAGACAGCAGGCCCAUAACAUGCUGUCUGCCACCAUCAACGUUUCCACAGGCGACUGGGUGAGCCGCUGCAGCGGCUGGGACAGGAAUCGGGUCACCUUCCUUCACCCGGUCUCUGCCCACUGACACGGGCUUUUUCUGUCAUGGGUCCUGCAUCUCCUGCUUGAUGACAAAGGAUCGCAAAGCUCACUCCUCGGACGAGUCAGCCCCUCCCCAGGUGUAAGAAGGCCCUGUGAUCCCUCAGGGAUGGGGCAGGUGGUCCCUUUGCCCUUUCAGGUUCUUCUUGGCGUAAAUUCUACUGUUCAAUAAUUAAAGUCACUGCCUGGACUGAUGGGUGUGGGCUUGCCGGAUAUAUAACAGCGUCCUCUGCCAUGAAUUCUGUGCCUUGAGGAAAGGGUUUUUGUCUUCGGUGUUAGAUGAUUUCUUUUCAUAACAUCUUUCUCAUUGGGUCUACUUCUUCUCUUUUAUUUGUUUCAGGAUAAGGAGAAGUCCUAAAAUUACCUAUUAUAGUUUAUUAAAUACAUAUCUCUAUAGCAUUGUAUAUAAUACAUAAAAUGUGUGUUUAUGGGUAAUUUAUUUAUUUUUACUAAUGAUUCUGCUAGUUCACAUGGAUCUGCAACUUUCGGGAAUGACAGAACUCGAUUUCAUUUCUGUUGUUGCACUCUCCAGAAGUGUCUGCUUCUCUUAGAAAACAGAGCUCAGACGCUCUCCUGGAAGGAAGAGCCUGCCUCCACUGACAUUCACUCUUU